UGCACAGAAAACUACAGAAGGACCCAACCUGGCUGAGGCAGUUUUAGACCAGCUCUGGCAUCACCUUCCUGGUCGUGAUGUCUCGAGAGGUGGAUAUGGAAUGUCAGCAGUCGCAAGGCAGCGUCUCCUCACAGUCCCAGGGCACCACCUCUUCUCAGCCCACCACCUCCUCCUGGCAGUCCCACAGCGGCUUCUUGCAGUCCCAUGGACUCUCCUCCCAGCCCCACGGCUCCUCGCAGUCCCAGAGCAUGUCCAGCUCCUCCUCUGGCACAGUACCCACGUCCAGCCAGUCCUCUCACUCCAGCUCUGGGACGCUGAGCUCUAUAGACACAGUGUCCACUCAGGAACUCUACUCUAUUCCCGAGGACCAAGAACUGGAGGAGCCCACCCCUGCCCCUUGGGCUCGAUUAUGGGCCCUUCAGGAUGGAUUCUCCAAUCUUGAGUGUGUUAAUGACAACUACUGGUUUGGGAGGGACAGAAGCUGUGAAUAUUGCUUUGAUGAGCCACUGCUGAAAAGAACAGACAAAUACCGGACAUAUAGCAAGAAACACUUUCGGAUUUUCAGAGAAAUGGGUCCUAAAAACUCUUACAUCGCAUACAUAGAAGAUCACAGUGGGAAUGGAACCUUUGUAAAUAGAGAGCUUGUAGGGAAAGGAAGACGCCUUCCUUUGAAUAACAAUUCUGAAAUUGCACUUUCAGUAUGGAGUAAUAAAGUUUUUGUAUUUUUUGAUUUGACUGUAGAUGAUCAGUCAGUUUAUCCUAAGGAAUUAAGAGAUGAAUACAUCAUGUCAAAAACUCUUGGAAGUGGUGCCUGUGGAGAGGUGAAGCUCGCUUUUGAGAGGAAAACAUGUAAGAAAGUAGCUAUAAAGAUCAUCAGCAAAAGGAAAUUUGCUAUUGGCUCUGCGAGAGAUGCAGAUCCAGCUCUCAAUGUUGAAACAGAAAUAGAAAUUCUGAAAAAGCUAAAUCAUCCUUGCAUCAUCAAGAUUAAAAACUUUUUUGAUGCAGAAGAUUAUUAUAUUGUUUUGGAAUUGAUGGAAGGAGGAGAGCUGUUUGACAGGGUGGUGGGGAACAGACGCCUGAAAGAAGCUACCUGCAAACUCUAUUUUUACCAGAUGCUCCUGGCUGUACAGUACCUUCAUGAAAAUGGCAUUAUACAUCGGGACUUAAAGCCAGAGAAUGUUCUACUCUCAUCGCAGAAAGAGGACUGUCUUAUAAAGAUUACUGAUUUUGGGCAGUCCAAGAUUUUGGGGGAGACCUCUCUCAUGAGAACAUUAUGUGGUACCCCUACCUAUUUGGCUCCCGAGGUUCUUGUUUCCUUUGGGACUGGCGGGUAUAACCGUGCUGUGGACUGCUGGAGUUUAGGAGUUAUUCUUUUUAUUUGCCUUAGUGGGUAUCCACCUUUCUCUGAGCAUAAGACUCAAGUGUCACUGAAGGAUCAGAUCACCAGUGGAAAGUACAACUUCAUUCCUGAAGUCUGGGCAGAGGUCUCAGAGAAGGCUCUGGACCUAGUCAAGAAGUUGUUGGUAGUGGAUCCGAAGGAGCGUUUUACGACAGAAGAUGCCUUGAGACACUCGUGGCUCCAGGCAUAUUAUAAUUCAAUAUUUCUGAAUAGAUUGUAUACAUCUCAAAAGAAGGAUAUUUACAAACACACAUUGCUACCUGUGGAUGAGGACAUGAAGACAAAGUUUCAAGAACUGCUUUUGGAAGAAAAUAAAUCGACGCCUGUACCCCAGCUCCCAACCCAGCCUACUACUAGUCGAAAGCGGCCCCGUGAAGGGGAAGCGGAGGAUGCUGACACCCCAAAGCGCUUGGCUGUGUAUGCUGCUGUCUCGUGAUCACUGCACUGUAAGCAGUGAAAGAAACGUACCUUCUUGAAUUCUACUGCCAUUUUCUUUCCAUCUGUUUUUUUAUAGUUUGUAUUGUAAUUAUGGGAACGAUUGUUUUUCCACAAUCACUGAUAUACAAUUAAAACCCUAAUGGAAUGUGGGAUUUGUGCAUAUGCCUGAUGAACGGAAUGAUAUGUAGCCAGCUCUUGAGUUGUAUGUCAGUUUCUUUCGUUUGAAGUUCUUGUGUGCCUUUCGUGUGGAGUGCCACCUUUCGCUGUUGCUGGGCAGGUUCUCAGGAUGUAGCCCUGUCUCAGCUUGGGAAAGCUGAGUACCAAUUCUAAAGGCCCUUUAUAAGGCUACAGGGAAAGGGGUGCAGCAAGGUUAGGGUAGCCUAUGUAGAGAGUGGCUGGCUUCUAAAGUCCUCUUAAGGCGGCAGGCACCUGGGUGCAUUUACCGUAGGCCAGUUUUACAUUCUUAUCCUCCUCCUCACCCUCAUGAAGAUACAGGCCCACAAUCUCUGAAACCUUGGGGCAGAUAAGUUGUGAGAUUCAGAAUUUUUCCAAUUUUAGGAAGGUGACAUGGCUUGUAUGUGUAUUUUGUGUAACAGCCCCAGCAGAUAAUCAAACACAUUAAUAUUUCUGCAACAGAUAUUCACAGUAAGAGGAAUAGAGAAAGACUUUAAGUAGACUCACGUCAGUUCAGGUCAGGCUUUUCUGCCAAGUGAGUUAUGGUUUUCAGAGCUGAUUGGAUUUCAGAAGGUCAUGUCAACCCAGUACUGACCAGACCUUGUGCAAAGCCCUGCCUGUGGCUGGUCUCAUUUAGUUUUCACAAUGAUCUAUGAACUAGGUCCUCAUGGUAUAUGUGAGGAACCCAAGCUUGGGGCCAAGAGUAGGGUGACUUGUCCAACAUCAUACAGUUAGUAAGUGGCAGAACUGUGACCCAACCCAGGUCUUUCUGACUUUAAAACUAAUUCUCAUUUCCUCAGUCCCAUAUUUGAUCAGACUCAGAGAUGUAGACUUACGCUGACAAAACUCAUAAUAGAAUGAUGUCUAAAUCUUGAAUGCCAGUGUGUUCAACUGUUAUGAGUGGUAAACUGCCAAGAAGAUCAAAUACUCUUUUUGUCUGUCCAUCAAAAGUGUUCAGUCCCUGCAGGCUGGCUGCAGGGACAGCCCUGUGAUCCAUGAAAAUAUAGCCAUCUUGGUGGCA